AUGGCGCAGGAUCUCUUUUCUUCUGGGGCCAUAAAAUCUGCAACAGAUUUCCAAGUGUACAAGGAGGUAGCAGGUCUUUCUGGGCUUGACUUUGCAUAUUCGGAUAACACUGCCGUAUAUCACACAAAGAAUGACAAAUUAAAGCUUUUGAAAUCGGGUUCCCUUCAGCAUCUUGGAGAAAAUAUGCUGGCCUUUUUGCUUCAGGCUGCUGCUUCCUCUCAUCUUCCUACAAGCGAGGCUAUGGAAGCAGAUGAAAAAUCAGACCAGGACACUGUUAUAUAUUUUGACAUUUUGGGCACACACAUGAUUGUAUUCCGUCAACGAUUUGCCAGUAUGCUGUACAAUUCAGUGAUAAUGCAAUCUCUCUUGAUAUGGGCUACAUCACUACUGAUGGGUGGUUAUUCAUCUGCUAUAUCAUUGGGCUUAUCAUUUUUGGGUGUAAUCCUCAUGUGGAUAUGUUCAUUAAGUUUCUCCGCUCUGGUUGCCUUUAUUCUACCUCUUGUAUCUUGGUCUCCAGUGCCCUAUGUUUCAAGCCCAUGGCUCGUAGUUGGUUUAUUUGCGGCACCUGCUCUCCUUGGGGCAUUCAUUGGCCAACAUGCAGGUUAUCUCAUUCUUGAAACAUAUUUGUUACGUGUAUUUUCCAAAAGAAAGGGGAACCUGUCGCCUGUCCUUCAAGCUGCUUGGGCAAAGUUGGAUGCCGAAAGAUGGCUCUUUAAAGCUGGUUUACUGCAGUGGCUUAUUCUUUUGAUGGUGGGAAAUUAUUAUAAGAUUGGAUCCGCUUAUGUUGCCCUUGCUUGGCUAGUCUCACCUGCAUUUGCAUGUAAGUUAACAUAG